CAGGGGAGCCGCCCAGCAGGUUUUUCCUCUCGGCUUGCUCAGGGGCCUUGAGCUGUUCUGUCCCCACCUAGCCUGGGCUGGGCAUUGCGAGUCUCGCUCACUCAGCUGGCGCGCGUGCACCGGCACCGGAGCAAGGAUGCCCAGCAUCUUUGCCUACCAGAGCUCCGAGGUGGACUGGUGCGAGAGCAAUUUCCAGCACUCGGAGUUGGUGGCUGAGUUCUACAACACGUUCAGCAAUGUGUCCUUCUUCAUCUUCGGGCCUCUCAUAAUGUUUCUCAUGCAUCCUUACGCCCAGAAGCGCAGCCGGGCCAUCUACGGAAUCUCAGCCCUCUUCAUGGUCAUAGGUCUGUUCUCCAUGUAUUUCCACAUGACGCUCAGCUUCCUGGGCCAGCUGCUAGAUGAGAUCUCCAUCCUGUGGUUGCUGGCCAGUGGCUACAGCGUGUGGUUGCCCCGAUGCUACUUCCCCAAGUUCAUCCAGGGGAGCAGGUACUACUUCAGCUGCCUCGUAAUUACGACCACUAUGAUCAGCACCUUCUUGACGUUUGUGAAGCCCACGGUCAACGCCUACGCUCUUAACAGCAUCGCCAUACACAUUCUCUACAUUGUGCACAAAGAAUACAAGAAUUUUGGGGUUUCAUGCCCCCCCUGCAUCAGAAUUGGCUGUGAAGCAGAGAAGGACCUUGAAUCCCUGUUCCUCCUCCCCCCUGGCCGUACAAACAGGACCAGGAAUGGGGACCUCCGGCAUCUGAUUGAGGUGUCUGUGAUCUUAUGGGCCACCGCACUAACCAGCUGGAUCAGCGACCGAGUACUUUGCAGUUUCUGGCAGCGGAUUCACUUCUCCUACCUGCAUAGCAUUUGGCACGUCCUCAUAAGCAUCACCUUCCCUUACGGUAUGGCGACUAUGGCCCUGAUGGAUGCCAACUACGAGAUGCCAGGUCAAACCCUCAAAGUUCACUACUGGCCCCGGGAUAGCUGGUUCAUUGGGCUACCCUAUGUGGAGAUCCAGGACAAUGACAAGAGCUGCUGAGCCCUGCUGGAGUCUCUGCUCUCCAAACAGCCACCCAGUCUGCUGUGCUCUGAGGACAGAGGACCAGGACAUCGUCUGGGACACUUGCGGUCACUUCUCCCUUCCCUCUUCCACGCUCCAUGCCCCGUUGCCACAAGACGGACUUUCUUGUGGCUCUGAGCACUACUUUGAUGACUGAGGGCUGGGGGCUGCCUGGCAUGCUGUGUGACUGGCCUGUGCCCUCCUCCUGCCUACGGGACCACAGCUUCUCCACACCAGUGAUAUGGUGGUGGGUAGAUGGGUGGGACGGUGGUUAUGUGGCUGAUGCGACACCGGCUUGAAGCGUGAUGCUUGAAGCGUGAUGCUUGCUCUCUGGUAUCUUGCACGUCUGGGACUAUUCAUGAGUGUUGUAGAGUCAAGUUGGGUCAGGACUGUGUUCUGGGAAAGUAAGGAGUAUCAUAGAGAGCACUGUGGGCCCCACCCUUAGGUGGUAGGUGUAGGUGUAGGGGUAGGGGUAGGUGUAGAGGUAGGGGUAGUG